AUGUUGAUCACCCGGGGAUCAACUCUCCUGGCCGCCGUCAUCUCGGCUGGCUUCACCACGGCCUUUGAGAACCCAGUGAGAGAGCCUGCUCCUGAUCCGUCACUCGUAUUUGCAGGCGGCAACUACCACCUGAUCACCAUCGUCCGCUCCGACAAGCUGAGCGACCUCCCCAAUGGCGAGCAAAAGACCAUCUGGACCGACACAAACACCACCCGCAGCGCCAACAUGUGGGCACCCGAGCUUCACCAGAUUGACGGCGUCUGGUACAUGUUCUACUCCAGCUGCGACGCCAGCCUCUCGUGCUGCGACAGCUGCUCCACGCGCGUUCUGCAAGGCUGCGACGCUGCUGGCCCUUACGAUUGCGAGUUCCAGCACCUCGCCGACUUGAUCCCACCCGAGGGCUCAAGGGGAGGUCUCGACAACAACUUCGCAUUCAGCAUCGACGGCACGUUUCUCGAGGUCCCGGGCUUCGGCAGAUACCACGUUCUUAGCAUCAGAGACAACGAAUUUAACCAGGCUCUGGCCAUCACUCAGCUUGACACGGACAGCUGGACAGUCGGCGCCUGGCAUGUCAUUUCUAUUCCGGACCAGCCUUGGGAGAGGAACAUCACUGGGGCCAACCCGCCGCCUUCAGACGAUUUGAUCGGCGUCAAUGAAGCACCCCACCCCUUGUAUCAUGGCGAUGACAUCUGGUUGUGCUACUCCGCUUCCAACUGCGCCACGCCGAACUACUCCUUAGGUCUUCUCCACUGGAACGGCGGCGAUCCCCUCCUGAAGAGCUCCUGGGACAAGACAGGACAGGUCUUCUCCCAAGCCAAUGGGCUCUAUGGCACCGGCCACAACUCCUUCUUUACCUCUCCAGACGGAACCGAGAUUUGGAACGCUUUCCACGCGACAAGGAACUCGGCAGGAUCAUGCGGUGGAGAUAGAUUCACCUCUGCUCAGAUCGUCACGUUUGAUGACAACGACAACCCCAACUUUGGGGUUCCACAGCCGUUGGGGGAGAUCUUGACACCUCCGAGCGGAGAGGCGAACUGA